AUGCUCAUCGACUCUGUCAACACCAAGACGGUGGCCCUGGCCAUUCCCGUCGUGCUAGUCUUGCUGGUCAUCUUCAACCGGCUCACGAUUGCGUACAAGGUUGCCAAGUCGCCCGGCAUCAGAGCACCUUCGAUCGGGGACAAUCCCAUUUCCGCCCUCAGGACCGCCUUGACGGCGGUGCACUACCAGAACCAGAACCGUCUGUACGAGUUUUUCCAGCGCAUCUUUGCCGUCGCCACGGCGGACUCGCCCAACGCCGUCGAGAUCCUCUUCUUUGGCCGGCGCAUCAUCUUCACGCAGGAGCCCGAGCACAUCAAGACGGUGCUGACGGCCAAGUUUGCCGACUUUGGCAAGGGCCCCAAGUUCCACGAGGUGUGGGCGCCGUUUCUCGGGGACAGCAUCUUCACCACCGACGGCGCGCAGUGGCACGACAGCCGCACCCUGAUCCGGCCCAUGUUUGUCAAGGACCGCGUCCGUGACAUGGAGAUCUUUGCGCGCUGGUCCGACAAGCUCCUCUCCAAGCUGCCGGCCUCGGGCGCCACCGUCGACAUGUGCGACUUGUUUUACCGCAUGACGCUGGACCUCACGACCGAUUUCUUGCUGGGCCACGGUGUAGGCAGCCUCGACAAUCCCAAUAGCGAGUUCUCCAAUGCCUUUACUGUGGUCCAGCGACUGCAGAUGAUCUUGACAAUCCUAUUCCCGUUCCGUCACUUUGUCCCGCAAAAGCCAUAUCACGACGGCAUCAAGACGUUGGAAAAGUUCAUGACGCCAUAUAUUCAGCAGACGCUGUCGCUCACGCCCGAGGAGCUCGAGAAGCUGUCCAAGUCGGACAAGCAAUUCACCUUUCUGCACAACAUUGCGCUCUUCUCGCGCGACCCCAAGGUGAUUCGCGACCAGAUCAUGGCCGUGCUCCUGGCCGGCCGCGACACCACGGCCGCGACGCUGUCCUGGACCAUCUACGAGCUGGCCAACUACCCCGCCAUCUGGGCCAAGCUGCGCCAGACUGUCCUGGAAAAGGUCGGAGCGACGCGGAAUCCGACAUACGAAGACAUCAAGUCCAUGACGUACCUGACGCACGCCAUCAACGAGACCCUGCGCCUGUACCCGGCGGUGCCCUACAACAUCCGCUCCUGCCUGGAGGAUUCGACGCUCACGGGCGCGCCCGGCAAGCCCGACCUUGCGUGCUUCAAAGGAAACCACGUCAUCUACAGCACCUACGCCAUGCAGCGCCGCCGCGACCUCUACCCCCCCGAGUCGGAGACGUUUGCGGACCCGGCCGUGUACAGCCCCGAUCGCUGGGACCACUGGACGCCGCGGCCGUGGCAGUACGUGCCGUUCAACGGCGGGCCGCGUAUCUGCAUUGGCCAAAAUUUUGCCGUCACCGAGAUUGGCUACGUCUUGGUCAAAUUAUUACAAAAGUAUGAGAGGGUCGAGUAUCGCGACGACUGGGAUGCGCAGUUUCACAAGGCAGAGAUUGUUGGUUGCCCGGGCCGCGGCGUCCCAGUUGCGUUUUUCGAGCCGGAAAAGGAGAAAUAA